AUGGAUGCUACACAUCAUUCGAUGGGAGAAUAUCAAAUAGUACUUACACAUUAUCAAAUAUCACUUGAAAUUUAUCGAAAAUUACUUCCAUCAGAUCAUCCUAGAUUUGAUGAAACUUAUAAUAAUAUAGGUUUUGUAUAUGAUGCAAUGGAUGAUUAUUCAACUGCAUUUAUAUAUUAUAGACAAGCUCUCAAUAUUCAAAAGAAACGUCUUUCAUUGAAUCAUAAUCAAUUAGCAUCAACAUAUAAUAAUAUGGGUUUUAUUUAUGAUUCAAUGGGAGAAUAUCAAACUGCACUUUCUUACUAUCAAGAAGCUUUAAUUAUUCAACAAAAAACACUUCCUAAUAUACAUUCUGAUCUAGCAAUAACUUAUAAAAAUAUUAGUGGAAUACAUAGUUCAUUAAAAGAUGAUUCUAUUGCACGUUCAUUCUAUCAAAAAGCAUUACAAAUUGAAACCAUAGCUCUAACAUCUAAUCAUUCUCAAUUAAGUAAUAUGUAUAAUAAUAUUGGUACAAUUUGUCAAUCGAUGAAUAAUUGUACAACGGCAUUGUCAUAUUAUUUUAAAGCACUUAAAAUUCAACAGGAAACUCUUCCAACAAAUCAUCCUAGUCUUACUAUGGUUUAUAAUAAUAUAGGAAUUAUGUAUGAUAUCUUAGGAACUUAUUUAAUGACACUUUCAUACUAUGACAAAGUUCUUCAGAUUCGACAAAAACCUAUUCCAUCUAAUCAUUCUGAUUUAGCUUUAAUUCACAUUAAUAUUGUUAUAAUACAUUAUCGAUUAAAAGAUUACGUGGCAACUAUAUCACAUUUUCACAAAGGACUUGAAAUUCAACAAGUCAUUCUUUCACCAACACAUUUCGUACUAGCUGAUAUUUAUGAUAAAAUUGAUAUGAUGUAUUAUUUACUAAAAGAUUAUUUAAAUGCAAACGUACAUUAUCAAAAAGCACUUGAGGUUCGACAAAUAUCCCUUCCAUUGGAUCGUCUUGCAUUGACAGUUAAUCAUUAUAAUCUAGCUAAAACAUAUGAACAUCUUAAUCAAUAUAUAGAAGCUAUUGAUCAUGCAAAACAGGCUGUUAAUAUAGCAUGGUUCAUAUUUGGGUGUAAACAUUCAGAAAUUUAUGCGACUAUUUGCAUUUCAUUAGCUCAUCAAAAUCGUAGAGAAUCAUGGUUUUACGGUUUUAUGCGGCCAUUCCUUACUCCAACAAGUAUUUGUGCGAAUAGUACAACACAAGCAGCAUAUCUUGCUAAAACUAUAACUCUUAUCAAUAAUUUUCAAUUAAAUUCAACAUAUAAUUCUGUUUUACAAAUUGAAUCACCAAAUUUUGUUGCAUAUCUAAAAGAUCCUACUAAUCAAGCAUUAUUAUAUACUAAUUGCUCAUCUUUUAUUAAUGGUGUAAAAGUAGCAAAGUUAGCAGACGAAACAGCUGCACGUACAAGACAACACAUUGCUCAAGAUAUUCAUCAACAAUUUGAACAAAUUCCACAUAAUGUAACUGGUAGUAACGGACCUAAUGACUUGGAUAGCGAUGAACAUGAUCGACAUCAUUGA